AUGGGGGACGAUGGAGCGGAAGACCCCCAGAAGAUAAAGAGGAUCGCCGCGGCAGCGUACGACUACGAGAACGAUCCGAGAUGGGAGAACUACUGGGCCAAUGUCCUCAUCCCGCCGGACAGGGCCGCCCGAUCCGACGUCAUCGACCACUACAAGCGCAAGUUCUAUCAACGCUUCAUUGUGAGUAGCACCCGUACCACCACCAUCGCGACUGAUUUCCGACUGUGGCCCGUGAAUCUAACAACCUUUUUCCUAUUCUGCCACAUCGUGCUAUUUUUUUCCUUAAUCGAGCUAUGCUUUUCUCCGUUUUAUGGCUUUGGGUUCCGAUUUUAUCAUUUUUUACGGGAUUAAUUGUGGCUUUGCCAUUGUAUUUCUUGUCGCGAGACUAUCUUUGCCUUUUCUGCAAGAGGAUAUGGUGUAGAAAAUUCUCCCGAGUGAUUUCGACGGUUGCUGCUGUGUUUUUGCAUCUCUUUUCCUGUCGCGCAUCCCGGGUUAUGUUUUUUUUUUUAAACUGAUUUAUCUACAUUUCUGGCAGCAUAGAAUCCCCAUUGUCUUCUCUACUUGUUUCUGUUUUCUUUGGCCAACAUGAGUUAGAAAUUUCGGAAAAGGAUUUACACUCCUGUGGUUGCUGGGGAAGUUCCUCAGUAGUCAUUGGCCAAAAGAUUACAAAAUAUUAUUCCUUUACGUAGGAUCCUGAUUAUGUGGUUGAGACAAUGCCUACGACGAGUUCUUCUCAAAAACCUGGAACAUCAUCCGCUAGGCCAGAAACACAAGCAUCGACAAGGCCGCAAGCUCAAGCAUCAAGUGAACAAACAAGGCCACGUAACUCAGGUGGAUAAAAUGUUCAUAACUGUCUCGUUACCUUGACUAAAUAUAUGGUCACAUGCUUUGUUCAUCACAUUCUGGAAACCAAUGGUUUUCCUCAUCUUGUGAGUGUCUUCUACUAAUUCAAGGUCCAUGAUGUAGGCUCUAGUUCUGGGACUUCCUCUCAACCACGGGCAAGCGGAAAUUCUAUGAGACGGGAUCCACAGACCAUACAGUUCACUGUCAACACUUGGGUAUUUAUCUGUAACUUAGAUAACGCGUCGUGUAACUGAGCUAACUUCGAUUAUCUGUAAUUUUGUAUAUGACCGGAUAAAAUAAUUCACUUCGUUGGACUUUUUUUUUGCAUUAUGGUCUCUUCAUAAUACAUGUACCAUCCUUAGUUCUUACUUAAUGCAUAUUGGUAUGAAGUGUUCACUUUUGAUGACUCAUCAAAUUCUAAGUGGGUUGGGAUUUUCUAGACAUCUUAAGUUUUUGACAUACAAAUACAGACGAUUGGCUAAUUCUGAACCUGCUCCAAAUCUAGAUGACGAUCUGCACUGUGAGUGGGGUCUGGAUAUUGCUUAUGUAUUCCUUGGUUUCUGUGUGUCUUUCACUUUCUUGUGUCCAUAAUUGUGCUCACACAUUCUUCUUCUAAUGAAAUUGUUGCUUGUGAUGUUGUCUAGGAACAUGUUCUUUCUGUGGUAUUUCUGUAUUGACUGGGGUCUCAUCUACAUGUUGUGGUGGUUCUAGCAUAUCAUGUAGUUUCUGCCUUGCUAUUCAUUCGUAGGUGCUAAUUUAUAUUUUUUGACCCUUAAAGGUUAUCAUUUUGGCUGCUCUUAGCGUUCUCCCAUUCGUGCCAAGAAAUCUUUCUAACAAGGCCGUCCGAUUGUCCAUACUGGGAACAGCAUGUUCAUCACUGUACUCUUUGUACAGUUUGUAUGGGGUAAUAAUUUACAGAUAUUUGAUAGAGUAGACGUUCAUUUUGGUUUUAGAUCUUUCUUGGAUUUUUCUAUUCCCAUAGAUUAUGUCUGGCAGUUUUCUUCUGGUUCUUAUGUUUUUGAUUCAUUUCUCUAUCGUAUCUCAGAAACCUAGGGCAUGGAAUCUGCCUGCUGUGCAAUCAUGGUUACAAUCUGUUGUUGGGACGAAGGAUUUCAUCUACUUCAUCUACUGCCUAACAUUCGUUUCAUCUCAAGCACCUUUCAAGUGUAUGUAUUUGAUGCUAUUCCCUUGAACCCCCGUAAUGAUCUUAAGUUUUAAGAAGCGCUACGGCAAUGCUCUUCUGGUUUAGUGCCCAGGUCACUUUUAGCAUAUUCUUCAUAUUUUCUCUAAUAACGUGAACUUAAUCUAUGGUAGUUCAGCUUAAAAAUUUUUGGUAUCUAAUUGUAUAUAGUUAUUUACCUGCGUCUAUUGGCGAAAACUCUUUCUUUGAAAUCAUUCUUGUACUAUAUCUUCAGAAGAAACCUAUUUUGACCCUUUGUUCCUCCAUUUUUUUUGUCUUUCUUGUCAUUUAUUGCAGUCGCUUUGAUACCUGUUGUUUGUCGUUCAAGUGACUUUGUUGCCAAGUUCUUAAGGCGCAAUUUCCAGCAUUCGUCCUUGUAUAGGUACGCAUGUACUUGUGUUUGGCAUCGAAGAAAUUAGUUGACAAUCUUAUUUAUCUUGUUUCAUGGUAAUUUUAACUGGCUUUUUGCAAUCUUGCAAUUGUACAUCCUAGUCCCUUUUAUUUUAUUUUGCUUUCUUCUCACCCCUAGUGAUUAAAUAACUAAUGGGAGCUCGGCUUUCUAGUGUGCUUGCAAUCUUAUGAGGUUUUUGGUCUGAUCAAUCCGUUGUGCUGUUGCACACUGCAACAUUUGUGAUCUCCACGUCACUUUCUGCAAAUACACUGCCUUUAUUAAGGAAAGAGAACGGAGGGAGACCAAUAAAGUGAACUCGAACAUUCCUUGAGAACAUAAUUGAUUUCAGUUCGUACUAUCUCUGCUUACCUGAUUUUUAUUUUAUUUUACUUUGGGUGGGUUGGUGGCGGAGAGUAGGAAAGCUGAGAAGAUGGAAGGUAUGGAAAGUUAGCUGAUGUCGAUUGAUUCCUUCGCAGUAGUUUUUAGGGUGGAAACUGUCUGGUGCUGAAAACAUAGUGUCUCUACUCAAGCUUAAAACAUAGCUUUUUUUUCUAUGUUUAUCUGUCUCCAACCGGAUUAAUUGAAAAAAAUCCUGAUCUCUAUUUCUUUUGACCAAUUAAACACGUCCAUGAUGAUGCUGAUUUUACUUAGAAUAUAUACUGAAAUCUUCUAUAGAUUCAUCUCGUUCCCAAUAAUCUGUAAAAACCUUUCCCCAAAGCUCAAAAUGAUACCGGAUCAUUGACAUUUGUGUAGUUGGCAAUCUGGUUCCCUGAAGCUAAAUUGCAUCAAAUAUAAGACAAUUUUCUGCAUCGCCUUAACAUUUUCACAAUUCAUAAAGAGAUGAUUGACGUUUCCCUGUGCAAGUCUCAGAGAGCACACUUGUUAUCUACACUGGAUUUUAUCACAGAUUGGAUGCAUUUUGUUGAGCCUCUGAUUUACUUCUCAUCUCCAUGUUCUUCUUUUAUCCUCCUGAUUUUCUUGAUUCCUCAAUCCCUUUGAUUCCAAACUUACUUAUGAAAUUGGAGUUCCCCGUUUACUCAAAUUUGUUGACUUAUUUAUCCUCAUCCCAUUAUGUUUUGUUCAGCUGCUAAAGUUCUGUUCUUGGUGCCUCUCCUUGGGUCCUUCAUUCUUCCCAAACUUUAUCCUUUGGAAGAUCACCCAACUAUACUUCUGUCGAAAUAAAUUAUUCGACAUGAAAAUAUUCCUCCAAGACGGAAUUGUUAGUAAUAAUGUUUUUUUUUCCUUAUCCUUUUAACUAAAACCUGUAGAACUUCAACCAUGCCGAUCCACAGGGAGUUGCCUUCUCCACCUCUUCAGAACCAUUAUUCAAACACUACCUCUGCAAUUCUUAUAUAUUCUUUCUAUUCAUGCCUAUCUUUGUCUCCUUUCUGAUCUUUAUUUGGCGAAGCAAGCUUUAAUUUUGCCCCAUUUGCCGUCUUCUACAAAGUUUGGGAAAGAGGGGGGGAGGUCACAGAGAGAGGAAAGAAGAAGAGUGUGGUGAUGGUGAAGGAGAUGCUGCCGCAGAGGGGAGGGGGGUACCAGGAAGAUGACCAGAACAGAGAUGGUGGAGAGAGGAGAUGGCAGGAUGUGACAGAGAGAAGGAGAAAGAGGCCAGCCUAGGAGAGGGAAAUGAUUUGUCUUCGUAUGUAUUUGCAAGAUCAUAUUAUAUUCUAAGUUAUUUUAACUGAAAUAUAAGCUUGGAUUUGAGGACUUAGUUUCUAUUUGGAGUUGCACCAGUGAAGAAGAAAGCUCCAUGACAUGUUAUCAACUGCGAACAGGAGGUACUUGGAGGAGGCCUGCCUGUGGGUGGAGGCGAACACGACCACGCUCACCAUCCUGAGCUCCAACGCGGAAGUCGCCCUGGGUUUCCUCUUCAUCCUCUCUCUGCUCUCGUCAGUCACCUCUCCAACUCUCCUCCUCCUCGCUGGUUAGUUUCUCUCUCUACUGGACUCUCUGUUCUGAGGGGGUCUUGAUGUUCUCUUGCAGAUGGCAGCGCAGCAUCUUGCAGACCUUCAUCUACUGGCAGGUUCGCCCUUCUUCCUCCUCCUUCUUGUCUAGGGUUAGGGUUUUGCUCUGAUCAUCUUUCGUCCUUACCUUGCAGCUGCUGAAGCUGAUGUACCAUGCUCCGGCGACGGCGAGCUACCACCGGGUGGUCUGGGCGAAGAUCGGCCGGUUCUCGAACCCUUACAUCAGCCGAUACGCGCCGUUCUUGACCACGCCGAUCUCUGCUCUGCAGCGAUGGUGGGCCAGGUGA